AUCUCCCUCUAUAAAUAAGCUGGCCAAGCUUGUACAAAGCCUCUAUCUUCUUUCUUAUAAACACUAGCUACCAUUUCUUGGUUUCUUGUUGCUGUCACUCUGAUAAUUUAGUUCUUGAUCUUUUUAUAUCAUUAGUUUCUUUGUGAGUUGAAGCAAAGAACGAGCAAAAAUGCCUGCAGUAGGGAUAGCUGUCGGUGACAACAAAAAGGAGUAUCCGGGCAACCUUACUCCUUUUGUCACUGUAACAUGUAUUGUUGCUGCCAUGGGUGGUUUGAUCUUUGGUUACGAUAUUGGGAUUUCUGGUGGAGUUACGUCCAUGCCAUCAUUCUUGAAGAAGUUUUUCCCAUCUGUUUACCGUAAACAGCAAGAAGACAAAACAUCAAACCAGUACUGCCAAUAUGACAGUCAAACACUAACCAUGUUCACUUCUUCUCUGUACUUGGCUGCUUUAUUGGCAUCACUUGUGGCAUCCAUAGUUACUCGUAAAUUUGGAAGGAAACUCUCCAUGUUGUUUGGAGGUGUUCUCUUUUGUGCUGGUGCCAUCAUCAAUGGUGUUGCUAAAGCUGUAUGGAUGUUGAUUCUUGGUAGAAUCUUGCUUGGUUUUGGUAUAGGUUUUGCCAAUCAGUCUGUGCCACUCUACCUCUCUGAGAUGGCUCCAUACAAGUUCAGAGGUGCACUCAACAUUGGUUUUCAAUUAUCAAUCACAAUUGGUAUCCUUGUUGCCAAUGUGUUAAACUAUUUCUUUGCUAAAAUCCAUGGUGGUUGGGGAUGGAGAUUGAGUUUGGGUGGUGCUAUGGUUCCUGCCCUUAUAAUCACAGUUGGAUCACUAGUCCUCCCUGAUACUCCAAACUCUAUGAUCGAACGUGGCCAGCAUGAUGAGGCUAGAGAAAAAUUGAGAAGAGUUCGUGGUGUAGAUGAUGUUGAUGAGGAGUUUAACGACCUUGUUGCUGCUAGUGAAGCUUCAAUGAAAGUAGAACAUCCAUGGAGAAAUUUGUUGCAAAGAAAGUACAGGCCUCACAUAACCAUGGCAGUAAUGAUUCCAAUCUUUCAGCAACUUACUGGCAUUAAUGUCAUUAUGUUUUACGCUCCUGUUUUGUUCAACACAAUUGGUUUUGGUAGCAAUGCUUCGCUCAUGUCUGCUGUGAUCACUGGUGUUGUUAAUGUCGUUGCUACCAUGGUUUCAAUCUAUGGCGUCGACAAGUGGGGGAGAAGGUUUCUUUUCCUUGAGGGUGGUUUUCAGAUGUUGAUAUGCCAGGCAAUCGUAGCAGCUUGUAUUGGUGCCAAGUUUGGAGUUAACGGGAACCCUGGUGAAUUGCCCAAGUGGUAUGCUAUUGUUGUGGUGCUUUUCAUUUGCAUUUACGUUGCCGGAUUUGCUUGGUCUUGGGGCCCUCUUGGUUGGUUGGUGCCAAGUGAGAUUUUCCCACUGGAAAUCCGAUCAGCUGCACAAAGUAUCAAUGUGUCUGUCAACAUGCUUUUCACUUUCAUAGUUGCCCAGAUUUUUCUCACGAUGCUUUGCCACUUGAAGUUUGGGCUAUUCCUCUUCUUUGCCUUCUUUGUGGUGCUGAUGUCCAUCUUUGUCUACUACUUCUUGCCUGAGACAAAGGGCAUUCCAAUCGAAGAGAUGGGACAAGUAUGGAAGACUCACUGGUUCUGGUCAAGGUACGUUACCGAUGAAGAUUAUCCCAAAGCAGGAGGCUAUGAGAUGACCAAAGGAGGGCAAGGUCCGAAGAAUGUGUAGCUGGGCUUGCUUGGGUUGGAUUUGGUAGUCGGCUCUUUUGAUUUUUGGUAGCAGUACAUACCCUACUGGUUUCAAUGUCAAGAAUUAUAUGAAAUUGUUCUCAAAUUUAUCUCGAAUUGAAAAGGUCUUGAGCUUUAUGUCAGCAAAAAUCCCAAUGUAUAGAUAAGAAUCUAUUGUGUGGAAACCUUAUUUAAACCGAUUUCAAUGCAAAAAUAAUUUCUUCCA